AUGUCGGCUGCGAGCGAGCCAAUCGAGGAGUGGUCGCACUGGAAGCUCUUCCGCCGGACGGUCAGCUUAGUGCGAGAAGGAGCUGAGCAUGGCCAACAUAGUACGUACAAGAGCCUCACCUACCACGUGGCGGGCCAGCGGGUGGAGUUCCGCCAGCCGACCGAAGGAGCGGGCACCACCCUGAUGCAUGGGGACUUCGCCCGGAAACUGUCUCCCUCUGAGGAGGCGCUCACAUUCUACAUGACCAAGCACCCGAAACUCUUCAAAGGCGCACGGGUACUUGUCGCAGGGGCCGGUCUUGGCUUGGCCGGACUCGCAAUUGCUGCCUGCACUCGCGCUGCGCACGUUGAGCUGACGGACGGGGACGCGGAGGUCGUCAGCACGCUCAAGGAGUCGACGCAGUUGAACUCGAACGCGUUUGGGAACACCACCGUGUCAGUCCGGAAAGUGCUUUGGGACAGGAUAGAGGACUGGCCCGCCCGCGGAUCCUACGACUUGGUGGUUGCAGCCGACGUCGUCUACCUGGAAUUCUUGCACUCGGCCCUGCUGGGCAUGGUGUCUCGCGUGCUGCGCCCUGGCGCCACGUUUCUGCUGUUCGCUUCCAGGCGCAACGGGUCGCUGGAGAAAUUUACGUCCGCAGCGAAGGCUUUCUUUCCGUCUGUAGAGGCGUUUUCCGACUACGACGACGACGUCGGCCAUGCGAUCGGCCGUACUUCCAAGUGUUUUCCGAUCAUGGUCAGGUUGGUCGCCGCCCGUGAGGAGCAAGACAUACCGGCCUCGGUGAAAAUGAUGUUCGAGGAUUGCCAGCGGAAGCGGUCCGAGCAAGAGCAGGAACGGGCCAAGCAGCGCGACAGGGUGCGCGAGGCCAAGCAACGCAACAAGGCCACCUUGCAGAUGGUCAAGAGCCGCGAGGAGCGCCUGAGGCUCGCGGCGGAGCGCGCCGCGGAGGACCCUCAGGACGAGGGCUUGGCGCGGCCCAGGCCGCGGGUGCCCACCGUGCCGCAGGCCGAGCAGGAGGGCCGCUCCGACUGGGGGCUCUUCGAGCGCGCGUGUGCCCCAGGCGCAGAGGGCACUGGCAAGGAUCUGGUCUACGAGUGCGGCGGCUGCAGCGUGACCGUGAGGAAGCCCGACGGCGGAGACUUCCUUUAUGGCGAGCUCGCCAGGAGGGUCUCCGCAUCCGAGGAGGUACUGACGCACUGGGUCCUGAAGAACCGCCGGAAGCUGAAACGGAAGCGCGUGCUGGAGUUGGGGGCGGGCGUUGGCCUGGCUGGCCUCACGGCGGGCGUGUGCGCAGCGGCCAAGCAGGUGGACCUCACCGACGGGGACCCGCGGAUGGUGGCGACGAUGCAGGAGAGCGUCGCGCUGAACGGCGGCGCGUUCCAGUCGAAGAAGGUUUCGGUGAGGCGUCUUGUGUGGGGCGAGGACGACGUGGACGCGGGCGUGCAGUACGACUGGAUCAUAGGGGCUGACCCGUUCGAGUCUGGGGGCUCCCCCAGCGCGCUGCUGAAGACAGUGCGGAGGCUCCUGAAGCCCUCGGGCACGGCCGUGUUCUUCGGGCAGGUGGCGAAGGGCUCGAUGGAGGGCUUGCCCACCACCGCGGCUGGGCUCUUCGACCGCGUGGAGGUGAGCAGGGAGUGCGACGCGGAGGUGACCGCCACGCUGCACCGGCAUGGCAUGCGCUGCCUUCCGCAGGCGGUGCGGCUGCAGCGAUCGAUGUCCUCCAGGCCGAUGGCAUCGCCCCCGCCGCCGCUCCGUGGGCCGAGCGCAGUGGGGAGCGCGCCGGCCCUCGAGGCCCCGGCAUCGGGGACCGUCCCUGGGGAGCGGCGUGGCACCGCGGCCGACGACGUGCUCGGCGGCGAGGCGGCGGAUGCGCCCGCGAGGACCCGGCGGGCCCUCCGGCGCGAGACCCUCGCGAGGCGGUGGGCGGAGCGAGCGGCGGCGCGGUCCGCGGCGGAGUCGUGCGCCGAGGGCGGUGGCGAGCCGCCCGCAGCCCCCGCGGCGGCCGCCACGGCCAGCGAGGUCGCCGCGAGCAUGGGCCCGUGCGCCUCCGCCGGCAAGGCGCGGCAGUUGGUGCCGCUGGUGCUGGGGCGCGGCGUCAUCGGGGAGCCCCUGUCGCCGCCGCCGCUUGCGCACGGCGGCUCCGCCGCCGUGCCUCAGCCCGCCGCCGCCGCGCGCGCGGUGUGGCAGGACGGGGACUUGGCGGCGAUGGCUAACGACAACGUCGGCGUCAGACCGCCGCUGAACUUCGGCCCAGCCAUGCUGAUGGGGUUGCCGAAGCCACCGCCUUUGUGGUGUGGCUCCAAAGGAGCCUGCAAGGGCGCCCCGGGCACGGGCCUCCGCGCCGGGUGGGAUCUGCGCUUUCUGAAGAGGAACCUGGCCACGACCUGCAAAUGCUACGUGUUCUGCAGGCCACGCUUCCUGUUCGCACGCUGCAGGAGGGGAUGGCUGAUCUGGGCAAUCGGCGGGGACCUGGUCAGGCCAGGGUGCAAGAUUGUGCGGCCGGCCGAGCGAGGCGCAAAUAAGACCGGGUGGCGUAUGCAGGACCGCUGGGUGCAAGAUGCACGGUGCUUCUGGGGAGGGCGUUGCAGCACCGUGCGCAAGGGGCGGAGAGAGGCGGCCGAGCGGGACGCGGUGGCGCAGGUCGAGUCGGUGCUGCGCGAGGCUGUUGCGCAGGCUCACGACUUCCCGCUCCACCCGUCGCUGGCGCUCGACGGCAGCGAGCCUAGGAGCUACCCGAAGGGCGUCGCGGAGCUCUGGGACGGCUGCGGGGCGUCGCUGCCCGCAGAGCUCCAGGGGCGCGCCUGGGGCACCGUGUACAAGUGGCGCUGCGCUCUGACCUUCGCCCGGCGUGUGCAGAACCUGGUCUGGCUGGAGGACAAGGUGUCGCAGCGCACCCUCAUGCGCCAGUGGCCAGCCGGUGCCGGGCAGCCUUUGCCCUCGCGGUGGUUUGCUCCGGAGGACCUCGCGGAGGCGGAGGCCGCAGCCUCGCACCUGGCCGCGGCAGGGGCGCCGUUCGUCGUCAAGCCGCGCCACGCUGCCUGCGGCCAGGGCCAGACCGUGAUCCAGCCGCCGGCCGGCGCGGAGGGCGAGGCCGCCGCGGACGGCUCCGCCGGCCGCUGGGAGUCGCUCUGCUGGCCGGGCGCCGGCGCCGAGGCCGCGCGGAGCCCGCCCGCCGGCAGCGGUGCGGCCGCGGCGGCGGCCGACGCCGACCUGGGGCUCGCGGGCGAGGCGGCGCUGGCGGUGCGCGCGGCUCUGGCGGUCGGCUGCAAGGCGGGGGAGACCUGGCAGCUCUACCAGGUGCCUCGCGGCGUUGGGCUCGAGCCACUGUACCCGAGCCUGGGCGCGAGCGCUGUCGAGCCCCUGCGGCCACUGGAGCUGAAGGUCCAGUCGAUCUGGGGCAGGGUCGUGGGCGCGACGCUGCACACCUCGCAGGCGGUCUGGGUGCUGCCGGACGGUCGACUGCACCGCUGGGGCAGGCGCGUGGCGGGGAACAAGGCGCUCCAGCGGAUGUACGGCGCCAUGCCGCCGUCGGCGGAGGCGGCGCUGCGUUCGGCCCUGGUCGAGCACUGGCCGCACCUGCGCUCGGAGACGGAGGCGAUCUCGAGGCGCUGGGGGCUGGACGAGGUGCGCGUGGACUGGUUCGUGGGCUGCCCGCGGUGGGGCCCUCGCAUCUGCGAGGUGACAUGGAUGGGCACGGGCGACCGGGUCCCCUGCACUCUGCAGCUGGCAGUGGCGGAUGCCUUCUUCGCAGGCCACCGCCGCCGCCUCGAGCGUUCCGCUGAACGCCCUGAGGACCCGCCACCCUCCGCGGCCCUCGGCGACCCGCUGGAGUCCGAGUCGCGCCGCGGCGGCCCGUCUGCCUUGCCGGCGGCCGCCGGCGGGCCGCGGCCGAGCUCGCGGCCGGGCCGCGCUGGGGCG